CUUCUCCUCAGUGGGGCGACUCCACACUCAGGCAGCAAUAUUUCGCGUGGAAGGAACAUAACGAAAACAGAAAACUGAUUACUGAACUGAAAAACGGAUUAUUUAAUUGUGAUUUUAAGUAUCUAGUGGUUGAUCGAUCGACUGGGAAGGAGAAGCGACAAAAAACGUUAAAACUGAAUUCUUGAGAAAUAGUGAUGACAGUUUUAUGAACACAUUUCGUAAAAUUGGAUGAGAAAACGGAGAGACGACCAAGGUAGAGAGAAAACGGGAAACUGAGAGGGUACUCUAUAGUAGAAAAUAAGGAAACGCCAGAACAUCGAUCACAGUCGCUAAGCCAAUAAAACAAAACCAAAAACCCAGACACACAAGUAAUUAGAAAGAAGAAGAAGAAGAAAAAAAGAAAAAUAUAUAAACAAAAACAUCAACAUGGUUCGUCUGACGCUAACCCGAAGUGUACUGUUAAGUGUCUUGGUUAUGGAAACAUUAUAUUUAAUGAUGUCACUGCAGAGAUUAGCUGAGUUGGAAGAGCACUGUGCAGCUGAUGAGGGUGUGCAUGUGGAGGGGCAUGACAUUAAGAAAAAAGCCUGGCCGCCCUUGUAUGUGAUCACACCCACGUACAGACGCAACACGCAGAUGGCUGACAUGACCCGGAUGUCACAGACUCUGAUGCUUGUCCCGAAUUUGCACUGGAUCGUCGUGGAAGACGCGGAGAAGACGAGCCAGGUGGUGCGGGACCUUCUGGACAGGACAGGCAUGCCCUAUACCCACUUGUGCGCCACGAUGCCCGAUGAGUAUAAGGAUCAGAAGAGCAUGGGAAAAGGUGUCUUUAACAGGAGGGAAGGGUUACGAUGA